AGAGAGAAUCGGAAGUAGAAUUAGUUCCUGGCAACCACUUUGUUUAAUCAAUAUUUGUAAAAGAAUUUUUCAUUCAAGAAGUAGAGAAGAAAAUGGACGAUCUACUGAGCAAAAAGAAAACGGUGGUUCCCGUUUUGGACCUUAGCCGUAGCAAUAUUCAAACCAUCGAGGAGUUCAAAAGGCUAAUGGAAAAGGUCCCCGACUACAAAAUGAGGCCCGUGAAGGUGCGCGCCGAGGAGAUAAAGAUACGGGAAAAGGACUAUGCCUUCAAAAUGCCCAAAAAGGAAAUGCGCAAGCUGAUGAAAGCCAACGGGGAGCGGGAGCCCAUGUACGCCUAUGCAGAUCCUGUCCCCAGCGAGAUGAAGGAUGUGGUCCUCAUGGAGCUCUGUGCCGUGCCCAUUGACUGGAAAAUGCUGACCACUUUGAGGCCCAAAAACAAGCAGGAGGAGGAGUACUUUAGCCGAAUGGUGGAGAUGGGCAAGUUGGAACUUAAAACGGAGGCUAGAGAUAGAAGAGAAUUUGCUUUGAACAACUGCGUCAAGAAAAUCAAAAACAAAUCGGGCAUAGUGGAAACUCGUCUGAUGACCUGCGAGUCCUGCGGCGAAGAAAUGUGUUGCGGCAAGACUUGUGGGGAUUUUAAUUACGAUCUCUAUAUCCGAGUGGAGGCCAGAGUCGUUAAACCAAAACCAGCGGCCAUAUCCUCUAACAAGGCCAAGUUAAAUGGCCGCAAAAAGUCAACCGUGGGUGGUGCCAAGAUCAAGGUAAAAAAGUCCUCAAAUAAAACCAGUUAA